AUGGCGGGUACCAUUCAAAAAAGGGCCUGCGAUGGAUGCCAUCGACGAAAAGUCAAGUGCGAUUCCAACAGUCCAUGCCGAAACUGUAAUACCGCCAAUAUCCAAUGCACAUACAAUGCUAUCCCCCAGAAGAAGGGACCUAAGGGUUCCCGCGCCAAGGUCAUUAGCGAACUUCGAGAGACCCAACGCCUGACGAGUCUUCCCGUAAAGGUUCAGGCCAGAAUGAGCGGUGUUCCAACUGAAUCCAUUCAGAACCACAACGCGACGAAUGGAUUGCUUACGGCCGAAUUCGCAAAGAGUUGUCUCAACUUCUUCUUCGACAAUCUCUACUCCAAACUACCCAUUCUCGACCGAGAUAUCAUUGAAAGUCAGCUGUCGUGCAUGGAGAGAGAUCCUGAAAUAUACUGCCUAUUCACCUCCCUGUGCGCCUUCAUGAUGCUUCAGCCAGGCAUGGGCUUUCCCACAGCCGAUUACAACCUUCAGAUGGAGCCUGGUGCCAAUAUUGCAGCCAGCAACAUACUGGUCGAAGAGUGCUUACGCGUCCGCAAGGGCACCGAACAUUGGGAAAAUCCCAGCCACUACGUCUUGGCCACCAAUUACUUCAUCUUCGCCUUUUACUACUCUCAACAAUCUCAUGCCUCGGCCUGGUAUUAUCUUCGAGAAGCCACAACCAUGAUCCAGAUGUCAGACCAGAACAACGAGGGAAAAUACUUGCAAGAUAUGGAAUCCAUCCGACGACGACGCCUGUACUGGCUUCUCUUCAACGCUGAGCGAGCAUAUGCCAUUCAGCGCAGUUACCCCCUGACGCUGCAGGCGACUGUUCACAUGGGCAAUUAUGGCGAGGAUCCCGCCGACAACUUAAACCCUUCUAUCCAGACCAACUUCUUCAACAUGUGCAGCGUCUUCCAAAGCAUCGACGACAACUUCCUCAGCACCUGGAGGCAUCCCUGCUGCCGCCUCGAUAAUCAGAUCAUCGCCUCCUUGGACGCACAGCUUCUCAAGACGAUGCCUACAUAUCAUCCUAACGCCGCUUUACAAGCUGUUCAAAGUUGGCUCAAGACCGUGGCAUGGCAGACCAGCGGAGAUACGCAGGAAAACGUUGCGUAUAGAAUGUCUCAGUUUGUUUCUGGGUUCCCCAACCCGGCAAUGUUGAUGAACUCUGGCUUGAUUGCCAAACUACUUCAAGUGACUUCAGACUUGAUCUAUUACCUGGUCAAUGCCCCCCAGUCUCGCAACCCAACAACCCAGGGACCCGAACGUCACCUUCAAACUCUCCUGCGCAUUUGCCUGGCCAUUCAAAGCAAUCACUACCAGUUUGUGCCUCUCUUGUUGAGCAAGGUUAACGACUAUCUCCCCCGCAUCAUCGACCCUAUGUUGUUGAACCCACCAGAGAACGUCGGCUACGGAAUGUCUGUUGAUAUCUUCGACGGCUUUGGCAAUGCUGGUAUGGCCCAGAUGCCUAUGGGAGACUAUAACUCAAGCCUACCCAUGAACUCGUAUGAGCCCAAGUAUGAGGAUAUGGGCGGCAAUAGUCCCGAUUCGCUCCCUCACUCACACCAUUCUCAUCACUCAAACGGCUCACCACCCGGUUCUCAGAUGGGCAAUGAAAUGCCUCAGAACUUUGUCAGCUCCCCUGGCGCGGUCAUGUCUCCAGGUAUGGACUACACCCCCAACAUGGGUGGCUUUAGUAUAUCCGAUAUGGUUAUGAGUCCUCUGGGUGGCGCAGCCCCUCCAAACGGCAUCAACAUGCAGCGGCAGCAGCAGCAGCAGCAGCUCAAUAACCAACCUCAAAUGCAGGGGAUGCCUAAUCAGGGUAUUGGUGCACCGCCAAUGAACCAGAAUAUAGGCUCUCUAUACAGCGGUGUACGGCAACCAUCACGCCAGAGUAGCUUCAAUAUGCAAGGCCAAACUCCUCUAUCAGCAAUGGGAUCAAUGUCUGACGCAAUGGAUUUCAAUACAUUACCACCGCGGUGA